AACGACUGCUAGCUACCACUGGAAAAAACUAAAAUUCACCAGUCUCUAUCAUCUAUUCAUUCGACAUUCGUGCUGUGAUUUCAGUCUGUUCAUUCAAUUGAAAGUACAAAUAAAAUGACGGUGAAUAGUAGGGAAACGGGCGUUUUGAAUAUAGCUGUUAUCGGUGCUGGACCAUCUGGGCUUACUAGUGCAAAAAAUGCUCUCGAACAAGGACACAAGGUGGACGUUUACGAAAAGGGUGCGGCGCUUGGUGGAACGUGGGUGUAUACUGAUGAAACGGGCAAAGAUGAAUACGGUGUAAAUAUUCACAGUGCGAUGUAUGAGGAACUGAGAACGAAUACACCGUAUCAAGUAAUGGAAUACCCCGAUCACCAUUUUCCAAACGGAACAAAGUCGUAUCCAAGACAAAAAGACGUAUUAGACUACUUAAAUUCCUAUGCUGAUCGUUUUGACUUGAAGAAACACAUACGAUUCCAUCACUUGGUUGAAGAAGUUGUUUCAUUAAAAGACGACAAGUGGAAAGUAACUGUUAAAGAUAUGCAGAACAAAAAAACGAAGUCAGAAGUGUAUGACGUGGUUUUUGUUUGCAUCAAAAUAUAUUCUUCACCAAACUAUCCACAAAUUGAAGGUGCCAGCGAAUUCAAGGGAAAAAUCAUGCACAGCCACGAUUACAGAAAAGCUGAAGCUUUCCAUGGGGAGAAUGUUCUAGUCAUUGGUGGUGGACCAAGUGGUAUUGAUUUAGUAAUUCACCUUGCAAACACUGUGAACCAAAUAACGUUGAGCAUAUGUGAUCAAACGGCCUUUGGAUAUGAAUCGCUUAGAGAUGAAUUCGGGGAUAUUGUUUCACUAAAAAAAGAGGUAACACGUUUGACACCAAAUGGAGCUGAAUUCGAAGAUGGAUCACAACAAGAUUUCAGUGUGAUCAUUUAUGCAACAGGCUAUAAUUAUGUGUACCCAUUUUUGGGUGCUGACACCGGUAUUCGUGUUGAAGACAAUUAUGUCCAAUCACUUUACAAGCAAAUUAUAAACAUUGAACAUCCUACGAUGGCUUUUGUUGGUCUACCAACAUUUGCAGUGAAUAAUCGCGUGUAUGAUUUACAGGCACGUCUUGCAUUGAAAUUCAUCUCUGGAGCCAAACCGCUGCCCUCAAAAGCCGAUAUGUUGAAGGAUACCGAAAAAUAUGCUGAAAGUCUUAGGAGAAAAGGCAUUUCCCAAAGAAAACUGCAUGUUUUACUACCAGAUGAUCAGAAGCAGUAUUGGCGAGGGAUAGAGGAAACUGCCGACAUUCAGAGCUUCCCGGAAUCUUUGUUAGACAUGUUUACCGAGGCGUUAAACUGUUUAGUGAAUGAUCCUGUCGGAUUUCGUAAAAAUAAAUACACCAUAAUUGAUGAUAAAACAUUUGUAAAGGAAAGAGAAGAGUAAAAACCAAUCGAGAAAGGGUUGGAGAGUGAAUAAAAUCAAUUCAUUUGAUAUCGUAUUACUCGCCAGA